AUGAUCGGCUUCGCGUUCGAGACGGAUGAGGGAGAGGAUGAUCUGAAGAAAGGCACUCAAUUACUUGAGAUCUAUGCGUUAGAGAUCCAGAUGUAUACAGCACAGAAAAAUAACAAAAAAUUAAAGGCCUUAUAUGAACAGUCCUUACACAUCAAAUCUGCCAUACCACAUCCAUUAAUUAUGGGAGUGAUAAGAGAAUGUGGUGGGAAGAUGCAUCUACGUGAAGGAGAGUAUGAAAAAGCACAUACAGAUUUCUUUGAGGCAUUCAAAAAUUACGAUGAAUCUGGAAGUCCAAGGAGGACCACCUGCCUUAAGUAUCUGGUUCUUGCCAACAUGCUGAUGAAAUCAGGGAUCAACCCAUUUGACUCACAGGAGGCAAAACCUUACAAGAAUGACCCAGAAAUUUUAGCUAUGACUAAUUUAGUGAGUGCAUACCAGAAUAAUGAUAUAAAUGAAUUUGAGAAGAUUCUGAAAACAAAUAGGAAAAAUAUCAUGGAAGAUCCAUUCAUUCGAGAACACAUAGAAGAUUUACUGCGAAAUAUCCGAACUCAGGUGCUGAUCAAGCUCAUCAAACCAUACACAAGGAUCCAUAUUCCGUUUAUUUCCAAAGAACUCAACAUAGAUGUGACUGAAGUGGAAAACCUUUUAGUAUCAUGUAUUUUAGACAGUACAAUUCAUGGAAGGAUAGAUCAAGUGAAUCAAGUGCUUGAACUGAGUCGCGAAGCACAAGGGACAGCGCGUUAUAGUGCACUGGACAAAUGGACAGAACAAUUGCAAUCAUUACACCAAGCAGUAGUAAACAAAAUGGCAUAGGUAUGACACACUAAAAUUAACAUGUUCUCCAUUCAUCACUGAUGCAGUGGAUUUUGAAUAGGAACUGCUUUGCCUCAUUGUGUGACUAUCUUUUGUUCAAAGUGGGUGCUCAAUACACGCUGGAACAAACAGUGAGCCAUGAAGUAGAUUUCCUAUUGCUCAUAAUUUGAUAACCCACUGAAGACGCUAGAAUGACAGUAUAUGGACACACUAUGCAAAGAAAAGAUAGAGCAAACUGAAAAAAGAAAUACCAUUAGUAAAAAUAAUGAAUUUAACAUUGUCAAAAUAGUGUUGGCUGUUCAGUUUGUUCUCAUCCAAGUGAACAGCAGUUAGCUUGUUUUUAAAACCACCCCAACUUUGUGCAUGCUUACUGAUAUAACAUGCUGUUGGAAAGAAACACCAUAAGCUUAAACUAUUCUGUUAACUUUGUUGUAAACAUUUUCAUUGAAAGCCUGCAGUGAACUCUGGAGAAUGCAUUCUUCCUGUUCUGCAUAUGUUAAUGUUAUCUUGUUAAAGUACAUGAUUUGGACAGAUAAAUAUUAAUAGAGGUUUGUGGAUGACCCGUGGGAAUAGGAAGUGAACAGUAUGCUCUCACUAAGUUUGAAUUGAGAAAGAAGCUUCCUGGUCUUUCAGUUGAAUUAAUGCCAUGUUUUGCAUUAAAAAAAAAUUGACGUCAAUGUUUACUAAUAUUCAUGUAGUGGACUUUACAUGGCCGUUUUGUAAAAAAAGCUGAAAGUAAAUGAUCAUGCUAUAAUAUCUUUAAGUUUCUUAAAAUAAUA